AUGGGUCGUUGGGCACAACCCCUUCUCCUGACCGCUUCGGUCUUGCUCUCUCUUCCCUCAACCAGCACUGCUCAUCCCGCCAACCACCACGCCAUUCAUGCAAAGGCUGCCGAGAUUCCUCCAGUCUUUCAUCCCAUCGCAAACAAGCGUCAAGAUGAUCCGCAGCCUGAGAUCACUCCCCUGCCGGUGGUAAAGGAGGCCGAAGCCGCCGAGCCCACAGCUACAGUUCCCUUCGAGGCGCCUAUCGCUGCCGAGGAUCCUAAUGAUUGGCGAUCUGUCAACUGCGAGUCUGAUGGUGUCAAGGACCAUACUCAGUAUGGCCCUGACCGAUGGAGGAAUGUUGAUGCUGGUGAUGCCUGGAAUGCUGUUGUUGAAGGCUGGAAGCUGAAUUUGACUUCUGGUCGCCAGGAGAAGAACUUUGCCAACAAUGUUUCAAACUUCUUCCACGGUCCCCAGGAUAUGUUCUGUGAGACCUUCAGUGACGCAGGCAGUGGCUGUCAGGACCUGAACCUCCAGUGCCACUCUGUCAGUGUCCCUGCUGGAUACUUCAUCCUCCACUCGUUUGAGAACAUCUUUGCUAUGCACUCCAACAUUUGGAAUGCUGUUGGUGAUGCCGUGCGUGAUAACGAUAUUGGCUCCAUUGCUUCCGAGUUUGGCAAGGUUCCUCCCAAGGAGGGUGGACUUGCUACCUCUAUUCUUAUUGAUAUUGCCAUGAUGGCUUGGGGUAUAGUCAUGGGGCCCGCCUGGAACAAGCUUAUCGGCCCAAAAUUCACCGACAGCACCAAUGCUGGUACACUCAAGGACACGACCAACGAUCUCGUCAAGAACUCUUUGACUCUUACCAAGGACAUCCUCAACAGCCGAGCUAAAGACCAACUUGGUGUCCAAAACGGCCUCACAGAGCAGAUGCAAGGCCUGACCCAAGGCUGGAAAGACGGCGUCCUUGAGACCCAGAAGUGGCUCUUUGGUGGUUCCGAAGGCGGCUACAACCAGCUGGGCGCCAUGAUCUCCGACGCCUCCAUGUUCGGCGACAGCUGGCUCCUCGACCGCGGCGACCACGCCAAGCAAGUCAAGAGAUCCAUCAACGCUUUCCUCAUCCCGAUGGCCUGGCAGUACUCACCCGACGUUGUCAAGCCUUUCAUCGCAGAGUCAGAUGUUGCCUGUGACCAGGAUCCUGGUUGGAACCAUGAAGCUUCUUUCACCCAAUCGUACCAACGUUGGGUUAUGGAGGAUGCCUUGAAGGAUGGCCGCGUCUGUAUCGAUGGAAAGUCUUACUGGCUUCUGGGCGGCCGUUCUUCUGAUGUCAACUGCAACAACAAGAACGGGGAUGCUGAGUGCGGUGACUUCGCACUCCCACCUGGAUGGGAAUCCUUGAGGGACAAGAAGUACACUGAUAUUUCGCUCGACAAUGUCGUUAGAGGAUCCCUCAACUCCAAGGCUGCUAACGGUGGCAAAAACGGCUUCAAGCUUGAUUUAGGCGACGAGCCCAGCCGGGAGGUUCUCGACAACCUUGCUGGUAGCGGUAUAGAGGCUGCUGGCGUUUUCAACAUCCCUAUCUGUUCUAUGGACGAGAUCAUCGAGAACUAUUACCAAUGGUACAGCGGCUGGCACGAUGAUAUGAACAACUUCCCCUGCAACCCUUGA